GAUGCUGCUGCAGCCCCGAAGAUGCAAUAAUUCGGUGGUCCUUAUGCAUCCCCUUCAGAUGUGAUUGGGAGUGUGAGAUCCAGGAGAGGGAGGGUCUUCCUAGAAGUACGUUCUCUUGGCCUGCCCUUGCCUUGCCUCUGAGGAGCUGAGUUCCAUGCUGAGCAAGAGCAUAGCUCUUUGGCUGUCAAGGCCAAAAGGUGCAUCACCGCUGGCUUGCUUUUAAAACCUCUUUCAAAAAAAUCCACGUGAAGAAUCACCCCUCCAAAUAGUAAAGGAGAAAGCUUGAAAUAAGGUCAGGCUUUGAGGAUCUGUCACACAGCCCAUAGCACCUCAUUCGUAAUGGAAUUAUUUGCUUUGUAUUGAAACGAAAAAGCGAAACUACAUAUCUGAAUCUGGCCCAGGAUUUCACUGUGUUCCUAUACAAAGGAAAACAGUCCAAACAUCAUUGGAGGUCCCUGUGAAGCUGCACUUGCUGUCAGCGGUAAUGGAGAGAAACUGCAAGCAGUGUUGAGAUUGGCAUAUUGGAAAUCUGUUACAGGGUAGAUGAUGCUGUAAACACUCUUGUCUGUGGGACUGAAAUUGCACUGAAAUAUUCACUCGUAGAUUUGCUGGAUGCAGAAAGCAAACUUGUCUAAACUUUAGUAGGAGGCAGACAAGGGUUUCCCUCAACAAGCUGACGACAGAAUAAUUUUUCCAGGUUGAUUGCUCGCUCCACAUGGACCUCUUGAGAUAUUUCUACAGAAGAAAAAUGGAGAUCAAAAGCCAGGGAAAUGAAAAAAAAAGAGAGAGAGAGAUUCAGGAUUGAAAAAGCUACCAUAAAGAACCUGCUCAGGGUCGGAGUAUUUUCUGAAAAAGUUCUGCAGGGCAGAGAAGUCAAACACUUAUUCACAUGCAGCAGUACAGGAUAGAUGGAGUACAGUUGACUUCACAGCUACAGGGGAUUUGGUUUUGCAAUGGAACGAAUAUGGUUACUGCUCCUCCUGACAAUUCAGGUGCUUUCGGUGACUGCACAGUUCAAUGGAUAUAACUGUGAGGCCAACCUACAUAGCAGGUUUCCUGCUGAACGAGAUAUCAGUGUCUACUGUGGAGUACAGGCAAUUACUAUGAAGAUUAAUUUUUGCACAGUUCUUUUUUCUGGUUAUUCUGAAACAGAUCUGGCCCUGAAUGGGAAACAUGGGGACGCUCACUGCAAGGGCUUUAUAAAUAACAACACCUUUCCAGCAGUGGUCAUUUUCAUCAUCAAUCUCAGCACUUUGGAGUCCUGUGGAAGCACUCUAGUGGUAUCCUCCGUUUCAGGCAUCAAUGCCUAUGGGAAUGUAUCAGUGGUACAGAUAGGUAACGUUUCAGGCUACAUAGAUACGCCAGAUCCACCAACGAUCAUCAGCUACUUACCAGGGCUUCUGUACAAAUUUAGCUGUAGCUACCCAUUGGAAUACUUGGUCAACAAUACACAAUUGGCUUCGUCCUCAGCUGCUAUUUCUGUAAAAGAGAACAAUGGGACAUUUAUCAGCACUCUGAGUUUGCUCCUUUACAAUGACUCAACCUACAGCCAGCUGCUGGUUAUCCCCAGUAUAGGUUUACCUUUGAAAACAAAAAUAUAUGCAGCAGUGCGAGCAACCAACCUAGAUGGCAGAUGGAAUGUUUUGAUGGACUAUUGUUACACCACUCCAUCUGGUAAUCCCAAUGAUGAGCUUCGAUAUGAUCUCUUCUUUAGCUGUGACAAGGACCCACAGACCACUGUAAUUGAGAAUGCCAAGAGCCAGAUGGGCCGGUUUUCCUUUGAGGUGUUCCGCUUUGUGAAGCACAAGAACCAGAAGAUGUCUACAGUCUUCCUCCAUUGUGUGACAAAGCUGUGCAGAACGGAUGACUGUCCCUUUCUUGCACCUGUUUGCAGUAACAGAGAAAGAAGAGAUGCUGUUAGGAGAACAACUUGGAGCGCUCAGAGCACCUCUGGAAAUGCUGUAAUCUCUGCUGGCCCCAUCAUUACAAGGAGUGAUGAGACACCAACCAACAAUUCGCAGCUAGCUCAUCCAAAUGGACCUCCUUUCCAGCUGAACUCAGUCACCAGUGCACUGAUUUCAGGAAUAGUCAUUCUAGGGAUUAUGAGCAUUUUCUUUUUUGUAUGUUCUCUCACCCUCCUGCGCAGGAAAUGGCCCAGCAGCUCAAUUUUGGGUGGUGUAGGAAACCCAGUUUUCAACUAAAUUAAUUUGCACUUGUUUUGGGGGUGGGUGAUUGCCUUCGUUGUCCAUGAAAUAUACUUUGUUAUAAAUUUACCAAGGCAAUAUUCUGCCUGUAUCAAACUUCAGCUAGUCUUAUUUGUAGUGUUGUAGACUUUAUUGUAUAGCUAAACAGUCAUAGUGAUGGCAAGACUCCUACGUAAUUCCUCUCAUUUGUGUUUGUGAUCAGACUAUUGAACAUUUUGCCUGUGGGUGUACUGACAAUAAAAUUGGUGUCCUACUUCCAACCGGGGUCUUAAAAUUUAAAGAUGUUUAGGAUAAAACACAUUUAAAUACACCAUUAUUAAACCAGGCCUGGCCAACCUGCCACAUUCAUGUUUAACCACUGCUUUUGAUAAAGACUGCCUCUACUUUUACUUUUUCUCUGUAUUUACCCACUUUAUUGUGGAGCUUAUCCAGCAAAUUAUUGUAGCUCAGAACCUACAUUUUUAUUUUCUAUCUGGACUAAAAAUAACUGCAGAAAGAAUCAAAAUAAGUGGACAGUGAUUAUCAUUCAUGUGGAAAUGGGAUCAUAUGACACAGUGGGCAGACGUCUGCUCUGUCUUCUAAUUCCAUUGGAUUCAGUGGGAUUGCACACAGUUUAAGUUGAGUCAAACUUUGUCAUGGUAUCUGUCUGUCAAAUUGUUUAGUGCUGAAAAUUCAAAGCCGUUCCUAGGGUACAAUCCUGACAUUCACUGAGACAAAAAACUCUCACAGGGAAGUCUUUGACAACUUUAAUGGGAGCUUGCCAGCCUCAUCAGUUGUUCAAUUUUUGCUAAGCCUAGAUGCAGUCAGCACUGCUUGAGUUAAACUCUGCUCUCAUGGACAUGCUAGGGUGAAAAUAAUUUCUUCCUUUAUUUCUAAAACCCCUCCCACCCCUGAACAACAACAACAACAACGACAAAAACCCAACACUUGUCCAGACAAAAGGAUGAUUUAGGGCCAAAUUCUGCAGUUUGAGCAAAAACCCCACGGAAGUUAUUUGAAAGGACCAAUUCUGUCACAUCAGUUGCACAGUAAAAAAAAUAAGGUGGUCCUUCUACACAGAACUUUCCACAGAGUGAUGCUUCCCUUUGGCUGUUUUCCCUAUGAAUUAGACAUCCUCCCUGUUUGGGGGAAAGCCUUGCAAGAACAGACCAUGUGCCUGACCAGACUCUCAACUCCAGCUAAUCUGAUAAACCUGAGAUCAUCUGAAUUAAGUGUGAAUGAUCAUGUGUCUCUUUCAGUAGGUAUUUAUGAAUAGGAAUUUAGGUACAUCUAUCCAGGAAUCUGGAAGAGGAUAUUGGUACUGAUAAGUGAGGCAAUGGUAGAUACAGUAUAUAUAUUAAUUUGAUUGCUAAACAGUUAGGGUUUGGGUCUAAGCUCAGAAAGUAAAUUCUUAACUUCAUUGACCAUGUACUGUACAUAUUGGCUCAGCAGCACCUCAUUGUUAUUUAUCACUUUUUCCCGUAUUAAUGAUGUGUCUGUUUUCUACGAUGUGACACAAGUGGUUAAUGUUCAGGGGUCUCUGAAUCUCAAGACUAAAUGCAAAUACAGACAUGUCAUAUCACCCUUCUCUGAUCUAGACAAUGCUGUAUAAAGGCCUGUUCAGAAAUUAUCCAGCCUGUUGUAGUAUAGGAUCUUUAAUAAUGACACUGUGCAUGUUUUCCUCCAGUCUU